GUAAAAUCCAUCCUUCAGUUUGUCCGCUUUGUACUGUUCAUUGUGUGUGUUGUUCUAAAUUUCCCAAAAUUUUGCUUUCCCGAAAUUCGCGACCAUUUUGUCACCCGCCAAACGAACCAAAUUUUCCCUGUACCAUGGCGUACAUAUUCCUCUUUGAAGUAAUCGUCGAUGAUUUGCAUCUAUUUUCGGACGUUCGAAAUUCUAGCCCAGAGGCGGCUCAAGAUGACUCCGGUACGGUAAGACGUGAGCUCUGCGUCCGUCUCCAGCUCUCCAACCUGGUACGGUGUGAGGUUUGCGAAAAAGAUUUCGGCUCUGCCCUCGACAUGGAGGUACGCAAAACGGGGGAGAACUGCCUGUUUGCGUACAAUCCAACGCUGGAGCUGCAGGAAGAGCUUGAACUACGCAUAUCGGCCCACGAGAAGGGUCCGGAUGGGGUGAAAAGGUUGGUCGGAAGCUGGAAAGAACCGGCCCGCGAAAUGUUGGUUGGACUUGCGCAGGGUUACGAUCUUCAGAAUGGAAUGAUGCCACAGGAGGACAAUUCACAAGAAUCGAUGUUGUCCAGUGUGGUGGAGCAAACCCAGCGAAACAAGCCCGUUUCCAAUACCUUCAAGGCAUCGUAUCCACUCGAAGUGGAAACGGGAAAUGUAGUGGUUGGGGUGGUCAUCCUCACUAUUCGAGUUUCCUGUCUGGGACCAAACAUCAACCAGAAGGUGUUGUUUGGAGGGCGUGAUGUUCAGCAACAGCCGGUAACGUGCUACAAAAUGGAGAACGAACCUGUCGUGCAGUGUGUAACGCUGGAGGAUCAAGACGAUCAGGUGUUGGUAGCUCCCAAAGCAAGUCUGGCUAGCAUCGUGGGAACUGAAAUCGUUCCGGAAGUUCAACCGUACGAUGAGUAUGCUGCCGAGCUGAACGGAAACGCCAUAUGUAUUCGGGUGGAGAAGGAUGCGAACAUUGCUGUGAGCAUUGAUGGCGAGGAUAGUAGCGAUUGCACGAAAGGAUGUUGGACUUCUCUUACCCUUCCGGAUGGUGUGUACGGCUUGAAGGAGGAAUACAUCCGACACGAAGCUAACGGCUGUAAGCUUCCCAUCAUCCGAGGCACCCUCAAGUACCCGGCGUAUCACUGGUCCGGUGACUUUAUGGUGGCCAAAAAAACAACCCCCGUAACGGUGGAAGACUACCGGAAAAAGCCGGAGCCAACCCGUACCGUUGGACUGCAGGCGCUUCCGGAGCACGUGGAACGGGACUGCGCUGGGAUCGAAAUCUGCCGCAAAGGUUGGCACGACCCCAACGUGGAUGUGUUCGUGCUAAAGCUCGGCAAGAACAAGCGUACCUCCGCGGAAGGCAAUCCACGCAAUGAGGUGGAAAUCGAGCUGCGAACACCGCGUGGUCCUUCCCAAGAAAUACGUCCCAAGGUAUCGCGUGGCAUGCAGGUGCUGGAGGAAGAGUUUGAACCGGCCGGAGAAAUGAACCGACCGGCGGCAGCCAUCCCGGCCGGUGACGGCGACAAGGCCGGCAAGGGAAAGGGAAAGGCGGCCGGUAAAAAAGGCAAAAAGAAGUAAAGACAAAUAGACGCUUUCCGGUGUGCUGAGCCGAGCGCGAUUCGAUUAUUUAAUCCACCUACAGCGUGUGCGGCCAUGUCAUAUGCUACUUACUUGUGCACCGGCUGCUGGUGCUGCCACGCACCGAACCGAUUGACGCAUGGUAGCCUACACCAGCCUACCAGCAUCGGUAAUAAAUCAGAGAAAGUUUGAUCUGCGAGUUCCGGCGCGGUAGGUUAAAGGAGAGAAAGCACGCCGGGUGGGUUA